GGUAUCUCGAGUACUGCGAUUAACCCAGUCCCUACCGACGGCUCGAACAAUGGAGAUAUCGUAUCGGAAAUCGCGAGUGGCGUCAACGGUGUCGUCUCCUCGGUUCUUGGAGGACUCCCCUCAAGCUCCACAGGAAUCCCUCAGGUCCCGACUUCCAGCGCAGGCAACAUCGUGUCGUCCGUCGUUGACGGGGGCUCUGGCAUUAUCUCGAGCUUGACUGGAGCUUUGCCUACGCUUCCUACUACGUUGCCGACUGUCCCGACCUCCAGCGCUGGCAACAUCGUGUCGUCCGUCGUUGACGGGGGCUCUGGCAUUAUCUCGAGCUUGACUGGAGCUUUGCCCACGCUUCCUACUACGUUGCCGACUGUCCCGACCUCCAGCGCUGGCAACAUCGUGUCGUCCGUCGUUGACGGGGGCUCUGGCAUUAUCUCGAGCUUGACUGGAGCUUUGCCCACGCUUCCUACUACGUUGCCGACUGUCCCGACCUCCAGCGCUGGCAACAUCGUGUCGUCCGUCGUUGACGGGGGCUCUGGCAUUAUCUCGAGCUUGACUGGAGCUUUGCCCACGCUUCCUACUACGUUGCCGACUGUCCCGACCUCCAGCGCUGGCAACAUCGUGUCGUCCGUCGUUGACGGGGGCUCUGGCAUUAUCUCGAGCUUGACUGGAGCUUUGCCUACGCUUCCUACAACUUUGCCGACUAUGCUAACCUCCAGCGCGGGCAACAUCGUUUCGUCUGUCAUCAACGGUGGCUCCGGCAUUGUCUCGAGCUUGACCGAAGGCUUGCCAACGCUUCCUACAACUUUGCCGACUGUGCUUCUCCCUACUGGCACCACCCCAACCGGCGGUAACAUCAUCUCUUCAGUCAUCAGCCUUGGCUCUGGCAUCUUCUCGACAGCAACAGGAGCAUUGCCAAGCGUGUCGAGCGGCUUCACUACCCUGACAAGGAGCUCUGCGGAGCCGAUCCUAUCAAGCAGCGUCUCGAUCUCGGCCACUCAGCCAGUGAUCGUUCUCCCGACCAUCAGCCUCCCUGCCAUCAGCUUGUCUACCGCAAACACACCUAUCGUGUCGGCCAGUCUCUCGGACUCCGCGUCCGCGCCCGCCAUCGCGGUCACCACAACGAUCCCCAGUCUACCCAUCGUUUCGAUUGGAUCCUCGACAACCACAUCGGCCGCAGCUCAGCAAACUUGCGCACGUGAGGGAGAGCUGUGCACGAUCCCACUUCUGGAUGCCCUCCUUGGUCAAGGAAACUGCUGUUCAGGACGCUGCACUACAGCCGAGCUUAGUGCCAGAGGCAUCCAGCUCUUCAGAUGCUCUUCCUCUCCAACGAGUUCUGCGGAUAUCUCUCUCGGCGUGAGCCUGGGUGCAUCUGUAGUGAGCACUACAACUCUUAGUGCGCCGGCAAUCACGACGACGACUGUCAACCUCCCAGUCUUGACGACCACGACACUCAACGCACCGACAGUGACGACCACAACUCUUGCCGCACCGGUGGUAUUGACUACUACAACGCUCGCCGCCCCGAUACUGACCACGACAACCCUGGCCGCCCCGGUGGUAUUGACAACUACAACCCUCGCCGCACCGGUAGUCUUGACAACUACGACCUUGGCCGCCACAUCCGUUGCUCCAAUCAACGUUUCUGCCUCGGUCAGUGCGUCGGUCGGUGCCUCAGCUACUGCAUCUACAACCAGUCCACCAGCCGCCGUCCUCCCAACAACACUGUCAACGACCACGCGGGCUACCACAACUAGCAGCGCUGCUGCAGGAGGCGGCAAUCUCCUUGGGGGACUCGUCUCAGUCGUCAAUACUGUCGUAGGAGGAGCGUCUUCGACGACCUCAUCGGCCCUUGCAACCACUACCACUGCGAAGUCUGGCCUGUCCGGACUGUUAGGAGGAUGA